CUUGGAAGGACGGAGGGGAAGAGGAGGAGCUGCCAGGCGCGUGCGCAGUAUGUGUGGCUGUGGAAUUCAUGUGGAGGUCAGACUGGAAGCAGGUGUGAGUGGGUCCAGCAGAAGGAGACAUGGCUGCCAAAGUGUUUGAGUCCAUUGGCAAGUUCGGCUUGGCCUUAGCCGUUGCAGGAGGUGUGGUGAACUCUGCCUUGUAUAAUGUGGACGCUGGGCACAGAGCUGUCAUCUUUGACCGGUUCCGUGGAGUGCAGGACAUCGUGGUAGGGGAAGGGACUCACUUUCUCAUCCCUUGGGUACAGAAACCAAUUAUCUUUGACUGCCGCUCUCGACCACGGAAUGUGCCAGUAAUCACUGGUAGCAAAGAUUUACAGAAUGUCAACAUCACCCUGCGCAUACUUUUCCGGCCGGUCACUAGCCAGCUUCCCCGCAUCUUCACCAGCAUCGGAGAGGACUAUGACGAGCGAGUGCUGCCCUCUAUCACGACGGAGAUCCUCAAGUCGGUGGUGGCUCGCUUUGAUGCUGGAGAACUCAUCACCCAGAGAGAGCUGGUUUCCAGACAGGUGAGCGACGACCUUACAGAGCGAGCCGCAACCUUCGGGCUCAUCCUGGAUGACGUGUCCUUGACGCAUCUGACCUUCGGGAAGGAGUUCACAGAAGCAGUAGAAGCCAAACAGGUGGCCCAGCAGGAAGCGGAGAGGGCCAGAUUUGUGGUGGAAAAGGCCGAGCAGCAGAAGAAGGCGGCCAUCAUCUCUGCCGAGGGCGAUUCCAAGGCCGCUGAGCUGAUCGCCAACUCGCUUGCCACUGCAGGCGACGGCCUCAUUGAGCUGCGCAAGCUGGAAGCCGCAGAGGACAUUGCAUACCAGCUCUCACGGUCUCGGAAUAUCACCUACCUGCCGGCCGGGCAGUCGGUGCUCCUCCAGCUGCCCCAGUGAGGCCUGCCCUGCUUGCACCUCCUUGGGCCAUCUGGGCCACAGCCCAAGGAUCCUUAACACCGCCUUCCUUCCGCCCCCACCCCAGAAUCACUGUGAAAUUUCAUGAUUGGCUUCAAGUGAAGGAAAUAAAAGUAAAAUCACUUCAGAUCUCUAAUUACUCUAUCAAAUGAAACUCAUUCUUCUCAUUUCCACCCACUUUUUAUCCACGUCCCUACCAAACAUUGCCAAGUGCCUACGCCGACCAGCUUGGCUCUUUAGGGCCUGCUGAAGUUCCAGCCUAGACACUGGCAAUUGGCAGAAGAAAGGCAGGGCCACGUGUGUGUGAUGGGCUGGGGAGCACAGUUGUCAGCCCGAAUAAACUUGUAGCCUCCACCCAUCAUUUAUUCAAGAUCUGAAGAAGAUGGCAUUCACAGCUGAACCGAGAACCAGUUCCUGCACAGACACAGCUGAAGAGAGGUGCUGGGGAAGGGCGCGGGGAGGGAGUCCGUCCCUUAGUAUAAGGCUUAUUCUCUUCAACUGUGGGGCCAGUGGAAGCAGGUGUGUACAAGCAGGGCCUGGGUUAAAGAAUCUGCCCCUGUGAAGGUGGGUGGGCCUCAUUUGCUGCCCCCCCAGGGUUCUAAACGGAUGGGCUUGGAAAGAGAGCGCAGGCCUGGACCAAGAUGUGAGUCCUGUGGAAGACUUCCUCUCCACCCCCCACCUUAGUGUCUCAAAUACCCAGCGGAAUUCCAUCUUGAAGGAUUGCAUCCUGCCGGGGCCAAACAGGCCUGCCAAAGACGUGCAUCCUGCGUUCCUGGCUCCCUCGCUACAAGACUGCCCUUCUAAAGGGCUCUGCCUGUGCUGGGAAGGAAACGACCACGAGAAGAAAACAAAUGUGUGUAAAACUGCUGUCAAUAAAUGACACCCAGACCUUC